AUGGGGCGAAGGGAGUUUGACUUCGUGUACUUGGAGGCGAUGUGCGGCCGAGCUGCUGUGGAAUACUGGCGCCAACUUAUUGAGGAGGCGAAGAACUUCAAGGAGACACAGACCUGCCAGCAGACGCAGACGGAGACACAGACCUGCCAGCAGACGCAGACGGAGACACAGACCUGCCAGCAGACGCAGACGGAGACACAGACCUGCCAGCAGACGCAGAUGGAGACACAGACCUGCCAGAAGCAGCGGAGAGCGCAGCUCAGGCCGCUUUGGAGCAGAAAGAGGCGGAGGAUCAGCCGACGGAGGCCGCCCAGCAAUUGGCCGAGGACCUCGAAAGCCGCCAGGAGAAGGAGACGGAAGCGGAUCUUGAGGCAGAGCGCACACAACGAGCGCUGGAGGACUGUCCAGCCAAGAGAGCAGAGGAGAAGUUCGUCGUCAAGAACACGUUUCUGGAGCUGGAGAGCGAGCAGGGCCCCAGACAGCUCCGCCAGAGCUGCGGCCGACGUGCAGAACGCCGUGAACGGCCAUGUGAACGCCGUGACUGGCGCUGUGGUCGACGCGCAGGCCGUGGCUGGCCAGCUGAGUGGCGUCCAGGAGCGAGAGAAGCUCAGGGCAGCCAUGAGGCUGCUCCAAGAAGAGCGGGCCAGAGCCGCAGCCGCAGAGGACAGCGCCGCCAGAGCUGCGGCCGACGUGCAGAACGCCGUGAACGGCCAUGUGAACGCCGUGACUGGCGCUGUGGUCGACGCGCAGGCCGUGGCUGGCCAGCUGAGUGGCGUCCAGGAGCGAGAGAAGCUCAGGGCAGCCAUGAGGCUGCUCCAAGAAGAGCGGGCCAGAGCCGCAGCCGCAGAGGACAGCGCCGCCAGAGCUGCGGCCGACGUGCAGAACGCCGUGAACGGCCAUGUGAACGCCGUGACUGGCGCUGUGGUCGACGCGCAGGCCGUGGCUGGCCAGCUGAGUGGCGUCCAGGAGCGAGAGAAGCUCAGGGCAGUCAUGAGGCUGCUCCAAGAAGAGCGGGCCAGAGCCGCAGCCGCAGAGGCAGCCGCUGCUGGCGCAAACUAUCGACGGCAGCGAGGAGCCUGGCGGUGGCGAUGA